UGUAGCAUGAACUUAGCCCCACUGAACUCACGUCGUUUCGUUGCUGCGCCAAUGCCGAGUUAACUUUUUGAGUGUGAGAAAGGUGACGACGAGGUUCUGAUAUUCUUUAAUCUUUGUGAAGACAUAGAAUAUGAACAUCAAAGGUUGUACUUGUGAAGUUGUUGUCGAGAAGUCUUAAUCCUUCACAAGACAAGAUGGCAUGGAGGAAUUAAAAGACCACACAAUACCACAUAAACACUGAAUCUGCUUGCCCAGAAGAAGUAAAGAAAGAGCGUGGAAAGAGCUGAAACAUGGAAGAAAGUAACAGUCAAGGUCGGCUCAGCAUGACAGAAGGAAACAUCGAAGGGGGAGGCACUGCCCCUGACCCCACGCCAUGCAAGGACACCCUUCAUCCUGAGGCUAAAGUAAGACUGAUGAAAAUUCUGAAUGAACGGCAAGGGACGGCAAGAGUCAAGGCAGAUUUUAUCGAUUUUGAGAAGAUCCACUUGAAGUACGGAUUUGGGAGCUCUGAAUCUCAUCAGCCACCUCCAAACAGCGAAGGAGAUAGCAGCAAAACCCCAGGACAGACAGCAGAUGCCAGGGGACCUCCGAAGAAAAAAUUCAAAAAGGAAAGGGGGAUGAACCACAACCGGCCCCGGAACCGUUGGGUGCCCGUCUCGGAAAAGCUCUGUCCAUCCAUAAUCAGCGGCGAGGUGUGCUCGUACGGCGAGAGAUGCAACUAUUCGCACGACAUCGCCGCAAAGGCAGCGGCCAGAGAGCUGGACAUCGGAGACCGCUGUUACAAUUUUGAGACGUUUGGCAAGUGCCGUUACGGCGUGGUGUGCCGAUUUGGGAGCUCCCACCUAACAGAAGACUUCAGGAACAUCACCGAUGAGGAGAAGUUUGAGGCAAAUGCCAGCAAAUCGGCCACACUGAACAACUUGGCAAUUGAUCUCAAAGUAAAGCUCAGAAAGAAGAAGGUCAAGUUUGAGAAAGCCGAACAGUUUCUUUCCCUGUUAGCGAAAUCCAAGAAGAAAUCUCUGAGGCAGUUUGACCAGAACGAGAUCAGAAAUGGUGCGCCAGAGGAAACUAGGUGUCUUAGUUCUACACCAGGGACUGCGCCUUCCAAUUUGCCUACCCCUGUCGAUGAGGUCGGUCAAAACAGUGUUGCUGUCGAUCAAGAAAGCACAGCCAAUCAGAAUCAGGUUUUAGAGAGUGGGAGUGUCCAGAGAGAUGCAGCCACCAAUCUGGGCCCAGAUGACGCUGCACCCACCUUAGCAGCUUGCCAGGCAACUUCCAAUCAGAGUGGAGACUGUGUUCCCCUGGCCUCACAGCAACCAAGAUCUGGCAUUGUUACCAAUCAAGACAUCAUAAGAACGAGGAAAUGCGAGAAGAAGCAGGUGAACUUUGAAGGGAAAUCAUAUUUGGCACCCUUAACCACAGUCGGCAACCUUCCUUUCCGGCGUGUCUGCAAGCGUCUGGGUGCUGACAUCACCUGCGGGGAGAUGGCCAUGGCUACCAACCUGCUGCAGGGCCAGCCCUCAGAAUGGGCCCUGCUCAAGAGACACUCCAGCGAAGAUUGUUUUGGUGUUCAGCUGGCUGGCUACUUCCCUGACACCAUCAGCAAGUGUGCGGAACUCAUCAACACAUACUGUGAGGUGGACUUUGUGGAUCUGAACGUAGGUUGCCCCAUCGAUCUGGUCUUUCAAAAGGGAGGAGGCAGCGCAUUGAUGGGCCGAGCCAACAAGUUUGAAGACAUCGUCCGGGGAUUGGACGCAGUUCUGGACGUUCCCGUGACGGUGAAGAUGCGGACGGGCAUAUCGGAGAAGCACAAUACUGCCCACAAGCUGAUCCCAAAGAUCUACGACUGGGGGGCAUCCCUCGUCACGCUGCACGGCCGGAGUCGGGAGCAGCGCUACACGAGAACGGCCGACUGGAACUACAUCCGGCAGUGCGUGGAGGUGGCCAAACCCCACCCCCUCAUUGGUAACGGAGACAUCCUCUCCUAUGAAGACGUGAAGACCCACUUGGAGAAUUCCGGAGCCGCUGGAGUUAUGAUUGCAAGAGGGGCUCUGAUUAAGCCGUGGAUCUUCACUGAGAUCAAGGAGCAAAGACAUUGGGACAUCUCAGCAAAUGAGAGACUGGACAUUCUCAGAGAAUACACCAAUUAUGGCCUCGAGCACUGGGGAUCAGACACUGAGGGAGUGGAGAAGACCCGGCGUUUCCUGCUGGAGUGGCUGUCGUUUCUCCACCGUUACAUCCCUGUAGGCAUUCUGGAGCGACUGCCCCAGAAGAUCCAGGAGCGACCGCCCUACUACGUGGGGCGCAGCGACCUAGAGACGCUCUUCUCCAGCACAAACUGCGCCGACUGGGUCAAGAUAAGUGAGAUGCUGCUGGGUCCAGUUCCUGAUGGUUUUCAGUUCCUGCCUAAGCACAAAGCCAACUCUUACAGUUAGUGCCGUCAAGGGACCAGUCUGCUAAAAUAAAAUACUAAAUACAUCAGAUCUAGAGCAAGGAUGGAAAGGAGAAUAGACUUUUUAUUUUAUCAAUUUUAUGAGAAUCCAAUCGGUCAGGCUCAUUUUCGUUGAAAGUUGGGACACGUCAUAGUUCAACAAGCUCCGCCUGUGUGCUCAAAUAAGCCACUUGCGAGUUAAAUUUGAAUAAAAUCUGGUACACUGUAUUAUCUGAUCGCACAGAAACGUAACAAUU